AAUGAAUUAUAUAAUUUAAAAUAUUUUAUGGAAUUAAACAAGGAAUAUUUUUUUAUUUUUGACACUGAUCUGAGGGCACUAAGAGGGCCUUCUACAGCCAUGAUGUUGGCCAGAUAAUGGGGGAUGGAACCCCAAUAUAUUCAAGAACAGACUAAUCAUGAAAAACUAAUCAUACAGAUUGGUUACAUGAGACUACUGUUUCCUAGGAAAAAUCUCAUUGGGUAUGGAGUCAAUCCGUUCAAAAGUUAAGAUAUCAUACAUGGAUCCAAUAUGAUUUUCUUCCAUUUACAUGUGAAUACUGCAAAGAAAUUUAUUGAUCACCAAUAUCCAUCCAAUCAUGAAUGCAAGUCAUUUCAGGAUAAAUUUGACUCUCAAGCAAAAAAUAAAUGCAAAUCAGAACCAUCUUACACGUGUAGUCUUCAAGACUGUGAUCAGACAACUUUGGUGCCAGUAAUAUGUGAUCAUUGUAAACAUAUAUUUUGUCUUCAACACAGACAUCAAGUUGAUCACAAAUGUGAGAAGCUUAAACAAGCAGUUUGUGAUAAACAAUCAAAGCCAGUGAAGUUAUUAGCUGAAGUAAAACCAGUUCAAGUGCCGACACAAUUCAAAAGUGAGAAGUCGAGAAAGACCGCAGCAAAAAUUCAGUUAAUGAAGAUGAAACUGAAUGCUUUCGGAAAUAACAACUUGCCCCUUUCAGAACGAGCCUAUUUCAAAAUUCAUUUUCCAAAGAAGUAUAACUCUACAGAAAAAGAUUAUUUUUUUAAUAAGUGUUGGUCAGUUGGAAAGAUUAUAGAUACUAUAGCAGAAUUAGAAAAUUUUAAAAAUGAAAAUGAUACAGCAACAAAUGAGAAGUUACUGCUGUUUGAUUACACUAGUGGAAAACAAUUAAGGACAGGAGAUAUAAUAGAAGACUUAUUAAAAAAAGAUUCUUUAAUUUCAGGACAAUCAUUAGUUCUAGAAUAUAAAUCACCAGAAUCAUCAGAACUGCAGAUUUUGGAUUGAUGGUGAUAUAAUUUAAAAUUAUAGAUAUAUUUAUUAAUAAAGAAAUAAGUAAUUUUUAUAUCUGACCUUACCAUUACAAUCAACGGCAACUUAUAAUAUUGAGCAAGUGUUUAUUUUUGAUAUUUGUUUAAAAUUAAUGUAUAAAUCUUUGUGGUUUUAAUACCAAAAAUUUGGUUUGUUUCAAUAGUUGUAAUAAAAAUAUUAAAUAAUAUAAGUAUAAUGGUUAUAAAACUCUUUUCAAGCUAGUUAGAAGUUAUCUUAUGCUUAUCUCCAUUCUCCAUACAAAUUAAAACUUUUCCUUUCUUCUUCUGAACAUGUUGAUGGUUAAGUCAUAAAUAGUUACUAGAGAAUGCUUUAAAAUCCUGUCAACCGUUCUAAGAUAGAACAGAGAAUUUUUUUGCAAUGUUCCAAAAUGAAUUCUAAUAUGUUAUUAAUUGUGGUCUUUGAGAUAGUCAUAGUAUUGAUAUAUUGGCUCUACCUCCAAAUAUCUGCUGAAUUUGUCCAAUUAGAGAAUAUCUCAAAAGGCACAGUCAUACACACAGUGAUCUCAUGCCACUCUGCAGGUACUAUUACUAGACUCAAUAUUGUGUUAAGUUUUUUAAACAGUAAUUAUUUUAUAAUGGAUUGUGUGCUAUAUAAUACAACUAAUAAAUGCUAAUGUUAUUUUUAUAUUGUUUUAUAACUGAAAUCUUUGUUUUUACAUAAUCAUUGAUAAUUGUAAAUUAUGUUUGUCUAAUAAUUUUUUAUUUGGCAUACAUAAGAAAACAAAUAAGCAUUUGGUUUUAUCAUCAGUUUUAAAGUCAAAUCAAAGUUGCAAACGUUUGCACCCCCAUUCUAAAUAUAAUGAAUUAUUUUAGAGUAUUGAUAUCAUUAAAUUUUUGUGAUAACUUAACCAGUUAUUUACAUUUUUGGGCUUAGCACACCGGUGAAUAUGAUAUAAAAU